GUAUUUUGUGUGUUAGGCAUUUCGUUUUUUUUCUAUUUUGAGUCGCAAAAUAAAGUUAAUAAAAACACGAGUGAAAUAUUCAUUGAGUAGGAUUUCACAAAUUUGUUUCUUUUGGAUCGAUUUUUUUCUUCUAAAAGUGAAAUACGAACGAAUUAUCAAAUGAAGAGCUAUGAUAAAAAGAUUUGAUUAAUAAAGAAGAAUAUGUUUCGUUUAAUCGAUAUGGAAUGAAUUGUUUUUCAUUCGAAACUGGUAGUGCUUUUUCCCGAAUCUGCGCCAAGAAUUAAAAAACAUCAAGUACGGGGAAAAUUCAACGAAAUUAAAAAUAUAAAUAUUGGGAGAGUGAGAGAGUAAUACUAAUAGAGAGAGUGUGUAAGAAAGAAAGGUAGUGAGAGACAGACAGAGAGCGAGAGAGAGCGAGAGAGAAAGUACAUUGAGUGAACUGUGCAUGCCGUACUACGUGAAAGCAAAACAUAUUCUCUCUGUAUGUUAUUCUCUGUGCGGAAUAUUUGAGAAAUACUUUAAAGCGACAGCGCGGCAGUGGAGAGCUCUAUCCAUAAAAAAAAAUAUAUAUAUGCUCUUUCCAUUUCUCGAAACGUAACAACAACAAGUAACCGUAACGCGAAAUAUUGAGACGGUUCAGUGUGUAAGUGAAGCUCUUUCGUUUCCCUUCGAUAUGCAAUCAUUAACAAAAACAAUCUCAUACAUGUUAACUUGAAAACGGUAUCUAUUUUUUUUUCUCACUCAAUACGCACGUAAAAGUGUCUGUGUAACCAACAUAAUGAGACUAUAUAUGUACGUUGAUGGUGAAAGUGUAUAUCGUGAGGUGUGCUGUGGACUAAUGUGUAUGUGAGUAUUCAAGUAUUCGUUGGAUGAACCAAAAAUCUCCGUCAACUUUGAGAUCGUACUAUCGAACGUCGGAGCAAACAAAUAGAGCGAAGCAUAAAUAUAUAUAUACAUUUUAAGUACAAAAAUAAAAACAAAUAUUCACGCGCAACAUAGUGGUGGUUGUGAACAACAGCAACAACAGCAACAACAGCAACAACAAUAACAACGACGACGACGGCCACGACGAAGAGAAAGAAGAAAAAUCAUUAAAAUUUUGCAUAGAGUGAGCGUUAUAUAUCGCUCCCAAUGAAUUCUCAUCUCUACAGUUUAACAUGGGGCGACUACGGCACCAGCUUGGUGUCGGCAGUACAAUUGCUUCGAUGCCAUGGUGAUUUGGUCGAUUGCACAUUAGCUGCAGGUGGUCGUAGUUUCCCGGCGCAUAAAAUUGUCUUAUGCGCUGCAAGUCCAUUCUUGUUGGAUUUAUUAAAGAAUACUCCAUGUAAGCAUCCGAUAGUGAUGUUAGCUGGAGUAAAUGCCAGCGACCUAGAAGCACUUUUAGAAUUUGUGUAUCGCGGCGAAGUGAGUGUCGAUCAUUCACAAUUACCAUCACUACUUCAGGCAGCACAUUGCUUAAAUAUUCAGGGCUUAGCACCACAAACAGUCACUAAAGACGAUUACAAUACAACAUCAAUACAGCUCCAUCCGAGUCUAUUGGCCCAACAUCACGUCAAAGCCGUCAUUGAUAACGAGGAUUUAAUGACCGCCAUACACGAAUCAUCUCCACAACAUCAAACGAUUCAAGCGCACGUAGUCGAAGUAGCUGAUCAAUUGACUGAAGUAACCGAUGUAAAGGAUGUCAUUAAUCAACUUUUGCCAAGUCGCAAACGGAAACCACGGGUCAAGAAACCAGUCGUACCAAAAUCUGAACCGCAUGCAAACGCCAGCACAGAAAAUGAGAUAGAAAAUUCCCCACCAAAACCCAAAAAGCCAAAAGCACCACGAGAUCCAAAUAAAACAAAAUCUCGAUCACAAUCUGAACAACCUGCCUCCUGUCCAAUUUGCGGUGCCGUUAUAAAGCAGUCGCGAAAUUUACGUCGCCAUUUGGAACUAAGACAUUUUUCAAAGCCAGGAAUAAAAAAGGAACGCAAGAGUACCAAUAAUAAUAUAACAGGAAUGCAAACGGUGACCGUGAAGAAAGAACCUGAAGAUAUAUCAUCGACGUCACACCAGGACCAAGGGCAACAAAUGCAACUACAACAAUCACAAAAUCAGACCAUUGCUGUGUCAGUUGCACCAAAUCAAACUGCUUCGCAUACGAUCGUUGAGGCCAAUACCAAUGCAAAUCAGUCACAGCAUAUAAUGCAUGAGAAUUCAGAUGGCUCAACAUCGUUACAAAUUGCUCAGGUACAAAAUCUACCAACAACACAUCAGCUCACAUUAAGCAAUCUCAAUCAGUCGAAUAAAAAUCACAUCGUAUUGAAAAAGGUGAUUUUUGUAAAAGGAAAUAACGCAAAUACGUAAUAUUAUAUCCAAGAUUAAGGCCAUCAUUAAAUAAACGGCUUUAACAUUAAACAUUCGAGGAGAAUGAUACAACUUUGAAUACGGAACGAAUCUUCUUCUAUCUUCACUUUGUCGACAAAGUCUAUAAAAUCCAUGUAAGAGUGCACACAUGCGAUGCAUAUGCUGCAGACGCCGCCACCACCACCACAACCAUCUAUCACCGCCUCCGCUAUCCGAUGACAACUGAAUUUCUAUACAGAGCGCUGAAUUUUUUUGGAGGUAGAAAGCACUUAGCCAAAUACUACGUAUAUUUUAAAUCUAAACAAAAUAUCAAAUUUAGUGUUAAUUAUUCCGUAUUACAUGAAAAGAAAAAAAAAACACAAACACAUAGAAAAGAGAACAAAAAAACAUUAAAUGUCCAGUACUAUAAAUGAGAAGAAGUGAAAUGUGCAAUUUGCAAAGCGAAAGUGUCUAUUGUAGACAUUCACAUAAACUCUGACCAUUUCACACCGGUGCAGUUGCAUAUUGUAGACAUGCACGAAGGAAAUAUGUUUUUGUAAUACGGUGUGCUUAUAAUAAUAAUUUUAAAUGAUAACGACGAUAAUAGCAACAUCAACAACAACAACACCUACCACAUAUCUUCAUUAUUAACAAUUUUGGUUAAACCAGACUUAAAACAUGUUAUUAUUCAUUUAAUGUUAAUAAUAAUAUGUUUUCAAAAAGAUAUGCCAUUGAAUAGUUGUUGAUAAAAGGGAAACAAAAAUCUUUGAAUUAAUUAAUAAAAUUGACUACGUUUUUUUUGGAA